AUGUCAACCGAUACUCCUACAUUAAAAUUAUUGUUGAUUGGAAACUCAAAUGUCGGCAAGAGUUCUCUUCUGUUGCGAUUCACUGACGAUACCUUUUUACCACAAGAAGAAGUAUCAGCCACGAUUGGUGUUGAUUUCAAAGUUAACAUGAUGCAAGUCGAUGGCCAGUCUUACAAGUUGACGAUCUGGGAUACUGCUGGACAAGAGCGAUUUAGAACCCUGACGUCGUCAUAUUACCGUGGUGCACAGGGUGUUAUUUUGGUUUAUGACGUGAGCAACCGCGAGACGUUCGAUGCACUACACACAUGGUGGAAUGAGGUUAAUACUUAUUGCUCAAGUCCGGAUGUUGUGAAGAUGAUUGUAGGCAACAAGGUUGACAAGGAGUCCUCAAGAGUGGUAUCGCACAGGGAGGGUUCAGAAUUGGCACGCAAAUUGCAAAGUCUCUUUGUGGAAUGCAGUGCAAAAACCAAUAUGGGCGUAAAGGAAGCAUUCGAAGAGCUCGUAAUAAAGAUCAUCGAGACUCCGGCAUUGAGACAAAAGAGCCAAAGUCCUUCUACUAUCAGAGUGACGUCAGGAUCUGAAGAUGCUCAAGAAGACAGAUCGUAUGAGACUUGCAGCUGCUAG